AUUCCCUCCGAUACUCCGCCGGCUGGUAUUAGGGUUUGGAUCUCUCUUGCUUUCGCAAUGGCGCCGCCGAAGAAAGCGAGGAUGGCGAGCCGGAACCCUAGCCUGAUCCGAGGCAUCGGCAAGUUCUCGAGGUCGAAGAUGUACCACAAGCGAGGGAUCUGGGCCAUCAAGGCCAAGCAUUGCGGUUCCUUCCCCCACCACGACCUGAAGCCUGCGCCGACAACGCCGGCAGCCGUGAAGCCCCCCAAGUUUUACCCCGCCGACGACGUCAAGACUCCCAUCCCCAAUCACCGCAAGGCCAAGCCCACCAAACUCAGGGCGAGCAUCACUCCCGGGACUGUUCUGAUCCUUCUCGCGGGGAGGUUCAUGGGGAAGAGGGUUGUCUUCCUCAAGCAGCUGCCUUCCGGACUUCUGCUCGUUACUGGGCCCUUCAAGAUAAAUGGAGUGCCUCUGAGGCGAGUAAAUCAAGCUUAUGUCAUCGGAACGUCCACUAAAGUUGAUAUAUCACAAGUCAAUACUGACAAGUUUGAUGAUAAGUACUUCACCAAGGAGAAAAAGAAGACGGCAAAGAAGAGCGAAGGUGAAUUUUUCGAGAGUGAGAAAGAGGAAACAAAGGGACUCCCUCAGGAGAAGAAGGAUGACCAAAAGUCUGUGGACACCCCAUUGAUAAAAGCCAUCGAAGCAGUCGAAGACUUGAAGACCUACUUAGGUGCAAGGUUUUCGCUUAGGUCAGGGAUGAAACCCCAUGAGCUCGUAUUCUAGAAUGAAGAAUUUAUUUCAGCUUAGUUACAAUUUUAUUUUGGUUUUUGCUGGUUUGCCCGGAGCUUAGACUGUCACGAGGAUCCUGAAUUUUGUUGCAUGCUUUUCUAUUCAACUGGAGAAUUCUUCUCAGCUAUAAAUGUUUCAGUUGGAAAUUUACCACUAAGUGAAUCUAUAGUUUUCAGAGAUUUGCAUUGGCUUUUAAUGUAACCUUUCCUUGGAUCC